AUGGAAGCUAAAGAAGCUAUUAAACUUGAAAAGAAGAUUCACAGAGCUGCUUUUACAAAAGCCUUCAAUGUUUUAGAAGAAAUUUUAAAGAAAAGUGAUAUAAAUUCUUCUGAAUUACAGUCGGAGCUUAAUGUUUUUGUUUCGAAAGCUCAACGUUUGGAAGAUACGCAAGUACGUUAUCUUAGCACACUGUCCGGAAACGAAAUUGAAGCAGAAUUUUAUAUUAUUGAAGAUUAUCGUGACAAGGCCGUUAGAAUCGAAACUAAAGUGAAAGAUAUUCUUCAGAAUCUACAAAAUGUAAGUACUUCAAAUUUAAUUUUGAAUCAAUCUGUUAAUGAGAAUGUAUGUAAGCGUACAUUUAAACUUCCAAAGCUUGAAUUACGAAAAUUUGAUGGGGAAAUUAAGGAAUGGUUAUUUUUUUGGAGUCAAUUUGAAAAAACUGACAAAGAUACUACGAUUUCUGAUAGUGAUAAAUUUCAAUAUUUAUUACAAGCGACUGUUGAGGGUUCGCGUGCAAGGGAGGUUAUAGAAAGUUUUCCCCCUACAACUGCUAAUUAUCCCAAGGUCAUAGAAUGUUUGAAGGCUCGUUUUGGUCGAAAUGACUUGCAAGUGGAAGUUUAUGUGAGAGAAUUGUUGAAAUUGGUCCUGAAAAAUGCAAAUUGUAUUGAAUCUUACUUGCCUGAGGAUUUUUUAAGAGCCUAUCAAAGAAGUGCAAAUGCUGACCAUGGUGCAGACCCUAAAUGUAGACUGGACAGUUUAUUAAAAUUUUUGAAAUCAGAAGUAGAAUCCGAAGAACGCAUAAGUUUAGCUAUGGCUGGCUUUGGUUUGAAGAACGAAGUGACCUGUGGGAUUAAAUCUAUUAAAACUGUUCACGAUCGACCAUUAACGGCAGCAAGUUUAAUGAGUACUGAUUCUUCCGCUAAGAAGUGCGUGUUUUGCAGCGGAAAACAUGAUUCAUUUAAUUGUUUUAAGGCUCAAAAAAUGACAUUUUCAGAGAGGCAAAAACUCUUAAAAGAUAAAGGGCACUGCUUUCGAUGUUUAAAGGCUGAUCAUUGUGCAAAUAAAUGCAGGAGUUCUAUUAAAUGUGCAAUUUGCCAUAAAAGCGUAAUUAUGUGUUUGGAAUUGCUUAAAAAUAAAACAAAUGUUAAGAAGCCUAUGUUAAACAGUAAUGAAAAAGAAACUAGCAAGGAAGAAAGUUCUGUAAAUCUUUCUAGCGUUAGCAACACACCACAAGUACUUUUGCAAACCCUGAAAGUAAAAAUAAUUGGAAAUAAUUGUACACUUUGUGUUCGAGCUUUAUAUGACACAGGAUCUCAAAAAUCGUAUUUAAGGAAGAAUUUAAUUUCUUCUCUAGGGCUGAUACCUUCUAGAAAACAGAUUUUAAGCCACGCCCUUUUUGGAGGAGAACGAACACCUGAAAAUGUGCAUAAUGUCUACAAAAUUAAGCUAAAGAGUUUACACGAUAAUUUUAAUUGUACUUUUGAUAUUUAUGAGCAAGAUACAAUUUGUGAUGCUGUACCUUCUGCCUUAAAUGGGCCAUGGAUUAAAGAGCUCAGGUCCAUGAAUAUACCAUUUUAUGACACUGAAGAUUCAUCAGGGCCUAUUGAUCUUUUAAUUGGUGCAGAUGUGGCUGGUCGACUUUUCACCGACAGAAAAAUAGUACUUUCUAGUGGUAGUGUAGCCAUAGAAACUUACCUGGCCUGGACAUUGAUUGGUAAAACAUCAGUGAAUGCUGAAAGGGAAGAUAAGGCGAUGACGAUUGUAACAAUGUUUGUGAAAGAUGCCAAUAUUUCUGACCUUUUUUCCUUAGACAUCUUAAGAAUAUCUGAUCUAGUCGAACACUUUCUUCCGCACCGACCUGUAGUCCAGGAACAUGGUACUACCAAAGUACGUCCAGUGUCCGAUGCGUCUGCUAGGCAAAUUGGAUCUCCAUCUUUGAAUCAGUGUCUAGAAUCCGGUCCCAAUUUAUUAGAACUCAUUCCAAGUCUCCUUCUGAUAUUUAGAGAAUUUAAGUAUGGUGUUAUUGCAGAUAUUGAAAAGGCCUUUUUGCAAGUGAGCGUUCGGCCGGAAGAACGAAACUAUUUGAGAUUCUUCUGGUGGAAUGAUAGCGACUGUAAAGAAGUUAAGGUAAUGCAACACAACAGAUUGGUCUUUGGUGUAAAGAGCAGCCCUUUUCUUUUGGGAGCAGUUUUAGAUUAUCAUUUGGGAAAACAUUUGAAUGAUGCCAGAUAUAAUCAAGAUUAUGUUAAGAUUCUUAUUUCGAGUUUCUAUGUUGAUAAUUUAGUAACGAGCUUAAAUGAUACAUGUGAUAUAUUACCCUUCAUUGAAACGUCUCAAGCCAUACUGAGUGAGGGAAAAUUCAAUUUGAGAGAUUGGCAGUACACUAAUGAUAAUGGUCCUGAACCAUUUACUUCUGUAUGA